AUGUCAUGUGUGUACUUGUAUUUCUGUGCCUUUACUUUAACGCCCAAUGAAGCAACUUCUUGUUUUGAAUCCGCAGAGGCAACUUUCGAUAUGCUUGCCAGACUAUUUGAAAUCAAAUACGCUAGUGGCGUCGUUGAUGAGCUCUUAUCUCUGGAAGGUCCACGAGAGUUCAGAGCUUCCAGUGGACUGAUGGUGUUACAAUAUAGAAACAUGGUUCAGACAACUGUAUAUGAGCAGUGUCGUGUUGUUCAUGAGGGCCCUCUUUUCAUCAUAUUCUCUCAAGAUUUUAAGAUACGGUACUGGGAGUUUUGUACUCGGGGUCAUGAAGAGUUUCUUCUCCGCAGACUUAUUGCUCCGAAGGUGAAGGAGUUGCUUGAGGUUGCACAGAAAUGCCAGAGCACGAUUUCGGAAAGUGGGUCAGAGGGAGUUUCUCAGCAGGAUUUACAAACAAACAGUAACAUGAUCUGGGGAGCAGGACGAAAUCUGGCAAGGGUCAUGGAACCAGAGUCUCUGAAUGAACAGGGCUAUCCGAAAAAAUAUGCCAGAGCUCUACAGAUAUCUGAAGUUGUCAAGAGCAUGAAUGAUCUGAUGGAUUUCACAGUGAAGCACAAAAUUGGCCCUAUAGAGGGGUUGAAACGGCUUUCGGAACAGGCAGAGACAAUUAAGCUCCAGAGACAGAAAAUGCAAGAGAUGGAGCAGUUGGGGAACAGUGGAGCUAUGAAUAUGUGGUCAGCUCAAGCUCAGAUGGACGGCCUUUCUACUGGCAACAACAAUAACUCCUACAAUCAUCACCAUCAUUGCUCAGCUCAAGCCGCUCCUGCUCUGACCAACAACAACAACCAAACCAUGCUUAUGGGGAGGCUAAAUGCUAUGAAUACGGGCGGACUAGAGGAGGGGUUCCCGAGUCAGCGUCCAACCACAAACUCAAACCAGAGUCCAUAUUGGUCUCAUCAGAGGCAGAACCUAGCAUCAGGUGAAUUUCUCAGCUCUCCCCAGAUGCAACAGGAGCAGCAGCAGCAUGGCAUUCCCAACACGCUUCAGCAGGCACAUUUGCCACCAGAAGAUGCCACAGAAAUACCUGACGAUUUCUCAGACGACAACUUCGGUGAUAACUAGGGUAAGCUUGUAGAACAGAACAUAGGCGUUGCUACUUUGAGUUUAACAAAGUGAAAAGGGUGUUGGUUUUAGGCUUAAUUCUUCUCAUUUAGGUUGGUUUGUUGGUGUUUUGUAUAGAAACCAAAGGAAGUUGUAACCUACACACACAUAGGCACUUUAGUAUCUUCUUCACACUGAUGUAAU